AACCCUAACAAUCCUCCCCCAUCCUUUAAACUCCCAUCUCCGCCGAUUCACCGCCGCAUCACCACCGCCAAUCGUUAUUGUUGUUCCACUACGUACUAUUGUGCUUCUUCAUCUCAACUCCGCUCAUUCUCCAACAUGUGUCGUCGUCAUUGUCCAACGGCACCACACCCCAUUCGCGACUCGCUGCCUUCGAGAGCAAAUUUGUUACUACUAUCUUAGAACAGAAGAAGAAGAAAAUUAAACAGUUUUCUAAGAAGGGUGCAAAGUAGAACAGGAGAAGAAGAAAAGAAGAUAAUUGAACAAAAAAGAAUCUAAUGACACAAAAAGAGAAAAUACUCGGCGGGAGCAAAAAAUUAUUUUGAGCAUGCGAAACAAAAAGAGACCCACCGUUGCCGCCGCUGGAGCGCCGCCUCAGACCAUUCAAAAUACUCUUCCUCAUCAACCCCAACUUUGCUUCGAAGAUGAAACCCUCGCUCGUUUCCUCAAAUCGGUGAAGAGAGAGAUUGAAUCAGCGAGAGUUCUAGACGAAACUCUGCCUCUUAAGAUUUGGAUUAAGCAACAAUUUGCUGUGGGGGUGAAUGAAGUCACGCGUGGACUCGAGCGAAUGCCUCCUAAUCGCGGGGCUGAAAGUUCUCUGGUCGAGCUGUUUGGGAAGAAUGUUGAUGGUGAUGGCUACUUUCAGGUGAUAUUGGUAGCAUCAGACUGCAAUCCUCGAUCCUUGACAAAGCAUCUACCAGCAUUGGCUGCUUCAAGAAAUGUGCCUCUUAUCUCUGUAAGAGAUAGAAAGGAAGGUUCUUUAAGAUUAGGCGAGCUGAUAAAGGUGAAAACAGCAAUCGCCAUUGGAGUAAAGGCGAGUAGCCAUGAACCUGGGAACUUAUAUCUAUCUCUAAUUGCGCCCAAUCUCUUUCACUGGCUUUUGCUCUCAGACAGCCUUUUGUAUUUACCUCGCAACACAUGCAGGCUAAAGGAAACGCUAUCAAUCAACUAAUAAAGGAAGCCCUAACUGACAACAAGAUGAAUAGCACUGAAGAGGAAGCAUAAAGUUGAGAGUGCUUUCCCUCAUCAGCUGAUGAUGGUGGAUAGAUACAGAAGGACAUUAUCAACCCUGCUGGCUUUGCUAUGGAAACACUGAUGCUAAAAAGACUACUAAUCUUGAUUGCGUUCUAAUUCUUGAAUAGGGAACCCUAGUAGUAUUCAGUUUAUGUAACUGAUUAAAACCAGUUCAUACUUUCCCAUCUUCCUCAGAUGUACUGCAUGAUCAUAUGAUCUCAUUUUAAUGUAAAGAAGAAAAAAAUAGCCUUUCAAGAUGUAAUUUCAUUAA